AUGGCAUCUCAGUGGAAACCAUCGCUAUUAGAGGCAACAUCUACGCUGUCUUUUGAGAAUGGGUCUUCAGACCGCUUUAUAGCCAAAAUUUCCCGUGACUGGUGCACACAGCAUUCAGUUUUGGGAGGAUAUCUCACGGCCCUGAUGCUCGCCGCCGCGCGGAAGUAUGCCAGCAUCGAGACAGAGGCCGUACUCAAUUACCCCGACCCCGUACAUGUCUUCGCCCAGUUUCUCCUAAAAGUCCCCCCAGGCCAAGUGUCUGUCUCUUGCAAAAUACUCCGCGCCACAUCACGACUAUGCGUCGUCAGGGUGGAGCUAGAACUGCCCGGGCAGUCGAACUCUGGACACGGCCAGCCGCAACCAUCCACGGCGUGCAUUGCAAUCGCUACAUUUGCCGAUCUGGAGAAAGAGAACGGACUGACGCAAGGUGCUACUGCACCUGAAUCUUCAAGUGCACAUCCAGCUCCGCUUCCCUCUCGGGAAAAGGAAUGCAUCACAAUCGACGACCCGGUCGUAGACGCAACCCCCGUGACUCGCAAAUUGCACUGGGUUGCCCCUCGCUCUGUCGAUGGACGAUGGGGUCACCGACUGGGUGGGCACCAGCGUGAAGUUUGGCUUUCAUUUCGAGAUGGGUCUGCCAUUUCUGAUCUUCUUCAUCUGGCUCUGCUUACGGAUAUGCCCCUUCAGCCACCGGCAACCCACACAGCGGGCUUCUACACGCGCCAUGCUCUCUCCACACUCUGUCUAUCGGUGGAGUUCAAGAAGCGGCCCGACCCGAGCACGAAAUGGGUCUUGGUGCGAUCGAAUUCACUCAGGGUAGCAGAUGGGCGGUACGAUGCGAAUGUGCAGAUUCUGAACGAGGAUGGAGAUAUUCUCGCAUUGGGCAAUCAUGUGGUGUAUAUCUCAGAUUUGAAGGGGGAGAAGGAGCCGAAGACAGCGAAGAUGUGA